UUGACAUACUAUUUUUACAAACAAAUUUAUAGGGCUUAAAACAUUUACUAUUUAUCCAAAGAAUAAUAUUUGCAUAAUUAUAAAACAUCUUUCGCCUUAGAUAUGUCCACAAAUCGCAUAAAAGCUACGCGCUCCGAUUUCGGGGACAUUCAAUGGAAUCUCAUGGAUGGUGGUGCCGGAAAAAUUGGCAAAGCUUCGGGUAUGAAAAUUGAGUAUUCCAUGUCAGAUGAAAUCGAUUUUGCACAAAAACUCUCCAUAAUGAUGCGUAAACAAUCGAUGCGUCAGCUGUUGCAGGAUGAAAAUAAUAUGUAUCAAAAGGAACUCAACUCUAUUGGACGUUUACAUUCACGUGAUAGCGUUUGUGAGGAGUUAAGAGCAUGUAGUCAAGAGCAGGGAAUGAUACAAAGGAAGUAUAUCAAUAAAGCUCAAGUAUCACAUUUGGGAAAGUUAUUUAAGGUUUUUGAUGAUUAGAAGAGACGUCGUAAAAAUGUUUAUACUUAAUAAAUUUGAAUCUUUAAUGAAGAAUA